AGAGGCCGCUCUUCCUAGCUUUGGGGCCCUUUCUCGGCGUAACGUGUGGCCUUUGAUAUUCAACUCUCCUCUACCAGCAUAGGCUGCAUGAGGGGGGGGCGGGCUCCCGCAUUCCUGCUCGGCGGAGGGGCCGCUCUGCUCCUGUCGCUUCUUUGGAUGCCGGCCCUGCUGCCUGUAGUCUACCGCCUUCUGUUGCUACCCCGAGCCCUGCUGUCCAUGGCUUCAGGAAGCCCCCCGUCCCAGCCCUCGCCGGCCUCGGGCUCCGCCUAUGUUGCCGGCUCGGUCUCUGCAGCCUUUGUCACCUGCCCCAACGAGAAGGUCGCCAAGGAGAUCGCCAGGGCUGUGGUGGAGAAGCACCUGGCAGCUUGCGUCAACCUCAUUCCUCAGAUUACAUCCAUCUAUGAGUGGAAAGGAAAGAUUGAGGAGGACAGUGAAGUGCUGAUGAUGAUUAAGACCCAAAGUUCCUUGGUUCCAGCUUUGACAGAUUUUGUUCGUUCUGUGCACCCUUACGAAGUGGCCGAGGUGAUUGCAUUGCCUGUGGAACAGGGGAACUCCCCGUACCUGCAUUGGGUGCACCAGGUUACAGGGUCAGUUCCUGAGUCCGGCACAGCCCCACCGUGAUGAGCCUUUGUUUUUGCCACGUUCCCUUCAUAUACUUCAAUGCCCCCAGCCUUCCAGGUGAUGACUGGAUCCUUAAUAAAGCUUUAGUUCUGUCA